AACUGAUACUUAUUUAGAUAAAUACGAUAGACACUUUGGUAAACAGCAGUUAACUGUUGAUAUCACGCCAACCAUGACAAACCUGUUUGUAAACAAGAAAAGCAGUCUUCACUGAAUUCGUAAUUCACGCUGCUGGGAAAAAGUUGCUAGCUAGGUAGCGAAAUUACGUUAGUUAAACUUUAAACUUUACAAACUAGUUUGCAACGUUAGCUUAGCUGCUAGUAUGCUUGUUCUGCUUUUGUAUUGUGGGUCUUGGGAUUACUGUGAUUGGCGUUGUUUGUAAAACUGGCCAAAAGGGAGAUUUAAAACCGCUAGCUAACUUCCUUGCUGAAAUCUCAUUGGUUCCAUCCCAGUACGCGAAUAAUGCAUACUCGUUUGCUCCACUACCACCCUCCUCUACUCCGUGCCCCGGAAACCGAUCUUUGUGGACUCGCUCCCUCCACUGUCCCAAUAUUGAAGUAGCAAAGCGGCUUCAACUCGACCCCCCUCUAGACCCCCGGCGAAUUGUACACAUGAGUAUUCAUCCUUGUAUACUACAGCGGAAGUCUUUUCAUAUUUCUGGGUGACUUCAUUGUGCUCAUGCCCACAUGCUAUGAAAACGCAUCCCACAAAAUAUGGCACUGUCCAGGAAGCGGAAAUGGCAGAGAAUUCCCCCAAUUAUGCCGGUCGAAUUUGUGCGUCAUAUUAUAUAGAUUGCUUAAAAUGGAUAACAAAAUGUCAGUUCGUUUUCGUGGCUCAGUCAUAUCCUACAGACAAAUACAGAAGCAGGUUUCUUUAUUUGUAUGUACAUUACUCCAUUAUGACUCAAAACAUAAACAACCAAGUAUGGACAUGAACAUGGAUGAAUUAAUUUGUUCAACCAACCAUUUCUAAAUAUUAUUAUUAUUAUUAUUAUUAUUAAAUAUUACCAAUACAUUUAAUUUCAGAUGUAGUUGUUUGCAAUGUAAAUGCCGGGAAACAACUUGACUAAUCUGCAGAAAUGUUUGUGAAUUUUCUGCUUACAUGAGAUAUGAUAGAACGUAGGCUGUUACAGUAAAGUAUGCAAGGUGUUCUGGUAUUGGACACAUCUCAAUUCUGGCAUUACAGUACAUUAUUUUGUUUGUAUCCUUUUACUUUUGUCCAAUGUCGCUGUUCGCAUAAUUAGGGUCUCGAUGCCAACUGCAAUGCCAGGCUACAAUAACUUUCCAUGCAUCUUGUGCUUGAAACGUGCACGCUAUUUUUUAAAGGGGCUGAUCGCAUGUAUAACCUGUAAUUGGCUAUGGGAAUAUUUGUGGGCUCGGCAAAAAAAAAACAACGCUUAUGAUAGGGAAAUUUAAUUGAUAGUCAGUAUCGACUUUGAAGAUGGCGAAGCUAGUAAACUGUCCUGAUUUCCUUCACUCCCCCUCAUUCGCGCCUUUUCUCCACUCGCCUUCUUUGCUCCACAUACUUCUGAGGAAGUAGAGGAGUGGUAAUUGGGGAGUAAAGGAGGGGGGAGUGAAAAGUAGUAGGACACACCCUGUGUUGCACAUAAGGAACUGGAGAGGGUGUGAGGGCCCAGGCAGUGAAGCACUCAGAAGUAACGGUAAACAAUCUCUACUUGCUUGCUGAGUGCAAAACAGGCUUGCUGUAGAAAACCAAACCAAACCAACCAAAGAAGCUCAUCGGUAAAUGUUUUUGUGAUCAUCGGUUUUGCUGUGUGUAGGCAGGAUGAACGUGGGCGUGGCUCACAGCGAGGUGAAUCCCAACACGCGGGUGAUGAACAGCCGCGGGAUCUGGCUGGCCUACCUGCUGCUGGUCGCCGUACUGCACGUGGUGCUACUCAGCAUCCCCUUCUUCAGUGUGCCUUUGGUCUGGACCCUGACAAACGUCAUCCAUAACCUGGUGAUGUACCUGUUUCUGCACACGGUUAAGGGGACCCCUUUUGAGACCCCUGACCAGGGCAAGGCACGUCUGCUGACCCACUGGGAGCAGAUGGACUAUGGCAUCCAGUUCACGUCAUCACGCAAGUUCCUCACCAUCUCCCCUAUCGUGCUUUACAUCCUGGCCAGCUUCUACACCAAGUACGAUGCCACACAUUUCCUGAUCAACACAGGCUCCCUCCUCAGCGUCCUGCUUCCUAAACUCCCUCAGUUCCAUGGGGUGCGCAUAUUCGGGAUCAACAAAUACUGACGGGACCACAGCGUGUGGGGAGCGGAGACCUCAGAGCUGGCGAGGUCGGGUCCACUGUGACCCCCAUAGCGAAUGAAAAGAGAAAUGCACUGAACUGCACAAGGCAUGGAGAUGCACUCUGUUUAAUUACACAUUCACAUUCGCACACUGCUGUUUUUUAUACUCCAUUUUUCUGCUUCUCUGAUCGGUUUACAAAUUGUUUCUGAACAUUCAUCUCUGCAUGAAAUUUGUGCAAGUUUGCACUUUUUUUUUUCUUUUUUUUCUUCUUUUUUUCUUCUUUUUUUAACAAUGACUUUUUUCAGUUUUUGUGGACCAAAGUCGAAAACGUCCUGUUCAUUUUAAGAGUUAUCAACCCUUGACUGACAGCUUGCUUGCAAUGCGUGUUUGAAAAGUACUGACAUUCAAGUCUUGAGAUGAAACGUAAAAGCUAGAGAAGGAACUCCUAUCUGCAUGUUGACAAGGGCUUUUGCUGUUUGUACGUUCCUGCAUAUGUUGGUAUAUUGGGCUGUGGAUUGGUAAAGAAGAAGGUCUGGUUUUGUAAGCAAGCCAAAAACGACCUUCGACCAAAGUAGAGAGAAGAGGGGAGGGGAGAGGGGUGAGCACAUGAUGGGUAUGGUCUAAAUUGUGCCUUUGAACAAUUGCUUCAUUAUUUAUUUAUUUAUGUGUUCUAUUUAAUUUUUUUCCUCAUUCCUUGUUCUGUUGUGGAUCUGAAAGUGUGUCCAGCCCUCUCUGCUGAUGUUACAGCUAAUUGUUCUGUAAGGAAACUUGAAGCUGUACUUUUUUUUUUUUUUUCAUUACCAGUGUCAUUUGGUGCAUAUUUUCGCUAUAAACAUUCAGUCUAUAUA